AUGUCCGCCACCACCAUGGUUGCCGCCGACGACAGCCCCUCCGAUGCCACUCGUUCAGUUCACACCCGCAACACCAAGGGCGGUCGACGACUUCAUUAUGAAUUGACCUGCCUCCAACAGCCCGAGCGCGCGAGAGCCUGCGGCUCCGGACAGAAGUCCGCCGCCGACCGUCGACCUGUCGACCCGCCACCCGUUGUUCAGCUUCGCGUGCUCGAGGGUCCUACCCUCGAGGACAGCAAGGACAUCACUCUCGGCUACAACGCCAACUUCUUCGUCUACGUGGAUUUGCAGCAUGCUCGCCCCAUCGCCAACGGUCGCGUCCAGACGCCUGCUGCCACGACGCCUCCUGUUCUGACUGGUGCCCCCGUCUCUGGCAUGGCGUACCUCGACCGCCCUGCCGAGGCCGGCUAUUUCUUGUUCCCUGACUUGUCGGUCCGCCACGAAGGCCGCUACGUCCUCGGAUUCAGUCUCUACGAAGAGCUCAAGGACGAGAUGGAUCAGGACGCCGACCCCGUGGACGACGGCCCUACCCCCGGAUUCUACCUGCGCAUGAAGGUCCAGUCUGCGCCCUUUGUCGUCUUCAGCGCGAAGAAGUUCCCUGGCCUCACGUCCAGCACCACGCUGAGCCGUACCAUUUCCGAGCAGGGAUGCAGGGUUCGCAUCCGCCGCGAUGUGCGCAUGAGGCGCCGCGACGGAAAGCCAUCCGGCGGUGACUACGAGAAGGAGGAGGAGGCCGCCCGGAGCAGGAGGACACAGACGCCCGACAUUCGCAAGGAGCAGAUGCGUGGUCGAUCCGUGAGCGACAGCAGUGAACAGCGUGCCCCGUAUUCGGCUGUGUCCGAACGCCGCCCUUCCGAGAUGGAUGCCUACCCAGCGCCUCCACCGCCGCCGGCCCCCAUUGCCGUCCCCAGUGCCCACUCCCGCUACGGCUCUGACGCAUCCAGCAACGGCUACGCACCGCACCACAUUCAAACUGCUUCGCAACCGCCUCCCGUUUCGCCGACAUCUGGUUACCACAGCGGACAGCCUUCGCCGUACGCCACCGCUCCGCCCGCUGGGUUCGGCUACCAGUCGCGCCCGGCACCGCACGCGUACAGCUCAUCCGGCACCACACCCACCACGCCCCGCGACGCGUACGAUCGCCGCCCCUCGUCCUUUGUGCCCCCUUCACCAUCUCACGCCCAGUUUGCAUCGCACGAGAUGGAUUACAGGAGGGACUCUGUCUACAAACAGGAACUGCCCAGGGCCGCGGAGUCGAGGAGAGACUCGCUGGCUCACAUGGCCACGAAGCGGGAUACGCCCAGAACACCAAUCUCCGAGACUUUCACACUGCCGCCCAUCCUCUCUGCCCGUCUCCCUGGUCCCUCCGGCCUGGGCAGCCUGGUGAAGUCAGCUCUGAUGCCCAACGUCAUCGAGCCGGCCUUGCCUGUGCCACAGGUAGUUGCACCAUUGGCUCACGCCGGUUCCAAGCGCGGAUACGCCGAUACGUUUGUCGACAACCAGCAGAGCGCGCUGCGCGACGGACAGCGCCCGCCUGACAACCACCAGCAACCGGCCAGCGCGGAUCACGACCCGCACGGCAAUCCGGACAGGAUGUACUACAGGCGUGCCGACGGCGGCGUGUCGUUCAAGCACACGCCUGUUUUCACCCUAUAA